AAGUAAAAACAUGAGUUUAUUAUUUAAAGAAUGCGUGGAUAACCUUUACUCCUCUGUGAUUCCCUGUGUUUUUAAAACGAGAAUUCCCUUCCGAUUCUCCCGGAUUGUCCCAAGCUGCGCUCUGUAGCGGGCUGGAGGCGUUGCCUAGAGACCAGGAACGGUGGAGCAGUUAAACAACAUGGAGAAGUAUGAGAAGAUAAAAGUGGUGGGGAGAGGAGCUUUCGGGAUAGUGCACCUCUGCCGCCGGCGGGUUGACGGAGCUUUAGUGAUCCUAAAGGAAAUCCCAGUGGAGCAGAUGACACGAGAUGAGCGUCUUGCUGCCCAGAACGAGUGCCAAGUGCUAAAAUUACUCAAUCACCCAAACAUCAUUGAAUAUUACGAGAAUUUCCUGGAGGACAAGGCUCUUAUGAUCGCGAUGGAGUAUGCCCCAGGAGGAACUCUUGCUGAUUACAUCCAGAAGCGAUGCAAUUCUCUGCUGGACGAGGACACCAUACUGCACUUUUUUGUGCAGAUUUUACUAGCCCUGUAUCAUGUGCACAAUAAGCUCAUUCUUCACCGAGAUCUCAAGACUCAAAAUAUUUUACUAGACAAGCACCAGAUGAUCGUGAAAAUAGGAGACUUUGGAAUCUCCAAAAUCCUUGUUAGCAAGAGCAAAGCCUACACUGUUGUCGGGACGCCUUGUUACAUUUCCCCUGAACUUUGUGAAGGAAAACCGUACAAUCAGAAGAGUGACAUCUGGGCCCUGGGCUGUGUGCUCUAUGAACUCGCCAGCCUCAAAAGAGCCUUCGAGGCAGCUAAUCUGCCAGCUCUGGUCCUGAAGAUCAUGAGCGGCACGUUUGCCCCGAUAUCAGACCGGUACAGCCCAGAACUCCGGCAGCUCAUCCUCACCAUGCUCAAUCUGGACCCCUCCAAGCGCCCUCAGCUCAAUGAGAUAAUGGCCCUCCCCAUCUGCAUCCGGCCCCUGCUGAACCUCUACACUGACAUCGGCAAUGUCAAAAUGCGCAGAAUUGAAAAGCAGCUCUCCAGUGUUCAGACGGGCCCUCAUGGCAGAGCUGGAGGACGAGUAACUGGAACCAGAACUCGGGGUGGUCUGUCUAGUUUAAGUUCAACGAAGAUGAUGCACUCCCUCCCGCUGUCCUCGGUUUACACAUGGGGCAGCGGCAUCUCCACGCCCCUUCGUCUGCCAAUGCUCAACACCGAGGUGCUGCAGGUCUCCCUGGGCCGCACCCAGAAGAUGGGUGUCACCAAAUCUGGACGGCUCAUCACCUGGGAGGCUCCCUCUGUGGGCUCCGGAGAGCCGUCUCUUCCUGGUGCUGUGGAGCAGAUGCAGCCUCAGUUCAUCUCUCGCUUCCUGGAGGGCCAGUCUGGCGUCACCAUCAAAUCAGUCUCCUGUGGAGAUCUCUUUACCACCUGCAUGACAGACCGGGGAAUAAUCAUGACAUUUGGAAGUGGCAGCAACGGGUGCCUAGGACAUGGAAAUUUUAAUGAUGUUACACAACCUAAGAUAGUGGAGGCUCUCCUGGGCUAUGAGUUGGUUCAGGUGUCCUGUGGGGCAUCCCAUGUUCUGGCUGUGACCAAUGAGAGAGAGGUGUUCUCCUGGGGACGAGGAGACAAUGGUCGCUUGGGGCUGGGCACUCAGGAUACCCACAAUGCCCCACAGCAGGUGGAUGUGCCGGCUGAGUUUGAGGCUCAGAGAGUGCUGUGUGGGGUGGACUGCUCUAUGAUCAUCAGCACUCAGCACCAGAUUCUGGCCUGUGGCAGCAACAGGUUUAACAAACUUGGGCUAGAUAAGAUCGCUGAUACAGAGGAACCGCCCUCUUGUUGUCAGGUGGAGGAGGUGCAGACGUUCCAGCCCGUCCAGUCAGCUCCACUGAACGUGGAGAAGAUUGUGUACAUUGAUAUUGGAACAGCUCACUCUGCCGCAGUUACAGAGAAAGGUCAGUGUUUCACCUUCGGCAGUAACCAGCACGGGCAGCUUGGCUGCAGUUCUCGCCGCAGCAGCAGAGUGCCUUAUCCAGUGCCAGGGCUGCAGGGUGUCACCACAGCUGCCUGCGGAGAUGCCUUCACUCUGGCUAUAGGAACAGAGGGAGAGGUGUAUACCUGGGGGAAAGGAGCCCGUGGCCGCCUCGGGAGGAAAGAGGAGGAUUCUGGGAUACCCAAGGCAGUGCAGCUUGAUGAGAGCCACCCAUUCACGGUUACAUCAGUGGCUUGUUGCCAUGGCAACACACUCCUGGCUGUAAAACCCUUUUUUGAAGAGCCCAUUCCAAAGUGAUCCAAAUCUCGAGUCUCCAGAUAUUGAUGCCUGCAAGAGGACAGGAAGCAUUUAAUCACAACAUCCUUUAAACAUCUUGGAUGAUGUUAAAGAUCUUUCCCAAAAAGUGGACAUCAUUAUAACAGUCAUCAUUAUAACAGUGAAUGAAAGGUGCAGUAGUGUCUGAAGUGGCACUCUGUGGUUUAUGCUGCCUGGUUCAUGUGCUGCCUUUUGGGAAUUAAGUGCCAAAAUAUAGUUACCCACUUGCCAGUGGAGAAAACAAAUCAUUAAAAGCGUUUAUUGCACCAGGGCAACUAACGUUCAGGUCUUGAUAAGUUGCGAUAAAUGUCUAUAUAUUGUGCCUUAAUAUACAGCAUUGAGAUGAAGGUACAGUAACAGUCAAAUUUUGGGCACACCUUAAAUUCAGUAUUUUUUUUUUCAUUAUUUAAAGAUUUUCUGCAUUGUAUAUUGUAUAUUUUAAAUUCUUCAUAGUAGCCCCUCUUGCUAAGAUAACAGCUAUGCACGCUGUUCUGAAGUCGUCAAGAGUUAAUUACUUGAAUUUUAGUUGUAAAGAAUUAGAGUUGGUAUACAGUGAAUAUCUCUAUUUGAGUAAUGUUAUGGAAAGAAGUACUCAACUAAGUAAAGAAAACAAUACUUUAAGAAAUGAAGUUCAUUCAGUCCUUAAGUGCAUUUGCAAAGACCAUCAAAAUGUAGAUGGAACUGGCACUCAUCAGGACUGCCCCAGGAAAGGAUAGAAAAGCAGUAGUUCCCUCUGUUGCACAGAAUAAGUUCUGGUAAGUUACCAGCCUCAGAAACCCCAAGUUAACAGCUCCACAUAUAAGAGCUCCUAAAAGCUUCAAAGAGUAUUUUGGAUUUUUUAACACUAUUAAGUUACUACAUGUUUUUAUGUGUUACUUAAUAGUCUUGAUUACUUCAGUAUUCAUUUACAACAUAGGAAAUAAAAUAUUAUAUAAAUAUAUUUUAUUGCAUGAGAAGGUGUGCCCAAACUUUUGACUGGUACAGAACAUGUAACCAUAAUGUAUGUGACAUUAAGUAGUAUGUGAUUAAGAAGGGGUAGCAUACAGUAUAAAGGAUAAUAUACAGUAUAAGUCGUGCCUUAAAAGACAGUGUUAAAUGAAAGUAUUGUACAUGUAACCAUAAUGUAUUUGAAUUACAUUGAGAAGGGAUAUAUAUAAGAGGUGCAUUUUAUUCAGACGCUCACUUCAGGCAUAACUAGGUGUCUUCCACCCUGUAAUGCUGUGUAAUCUGUCUACUUUAGUUUAGGCCUUGGCUUGUCUUUGUUUAAGGGACUUAAUGUCUUGUUUUUAGACCGCAGAGUCAUGAUAUGAGACAUUCCCAGGAUGUUAAACAGGUCAUGCAGGUUUAGACUGACACAGUCUAACAAUGCACGUCAAAGCUACCUGCCAAAGACAUCUAGAGAAGCACUUACUGUACAUGUCACCUCUGAAGUGUGAAGGAGUGCAUGUGCUGUCAUCUCUGAACAGCUGUUUACAUUUGUUGUGUGUACGUAUGUAGUGGCGCGAAAAGUAUUUGUCCCUUGAAGAUUUCUUUUGUGUUUGCAUUUUUGUCAUACUUACAUUUUUUUUAGAUUAUCAAACAAAUAUAAAAAGCACUUUUUUAAA